AUGGAGAAAACAAGUGGAAGAGGUUCCAUCGCUCCAGCCUCAGUGGAGAAUGGCGUAGAGAACCCAGGGCUGGAGCUCAUGGAAGGAGUAAAUACUGAGGCUGAGGGACCCAAAAGGAUUGAAGAAGGGACAAAGGAACACAGCAUGAGGGAUGGGCUUGGGCAUACAAGUGUCACUGUGAAGAAUCUACAGCCUUUCACCAAGGCAAGAAGUUUCUUCAAAAGACACGCCAGCUUGUUCAAGAGGAUCCUGUUAGGAUUGUUGUGUUUGGCGUACGCCGCCUACUUCCUGGCGGCGUGCAUCCUGGACUUCCACAGGGCACUGGCCUUGCUCGUCAUCACAUGCUUGGUGAUCUUCUUCUUGAUUUGCCAUUUUCUAAAAAAGCACUUGAGUAAAAAAAUGACAAGAUGUUUGAAGCCCUUUAAAAACUCCCGCCUGAGACUCUGGAUGAAAUGGUUGCUCACAGGAGUCUCCGUAGUGGGCCUUAUCCUGUGGCUGGCUCUAGACACAGCCCAAAGGCCGGAGCAGCUGAUCUCCUUUGCAGGAAUCUGUAUGUUCAUCCUCAUCCUCUUUGUCUGUUCCAAGCACCACAGGGCAGUGUGCUGGAGGACAGUGUUUUGGGGCCUGGGUCUUCAGUUUGUCUUUGGGAUUUUGGUCAUCAGAACUGAUCCUGGAUUUAAUGCAUUUCAGUGGCUGGGCAAUCAAAUCCAGAUCUUUCUGAGCUACACUGUGGCUGGUUCCAGUUUUGUCUUCGGUGAUACGCUGGUCCAAAAUGUCUUUGCUUUUCAAUCCUUACCAAUCAUUAUCUUCUUUGGAUGUGUGAUGUCCAUUCUCUACUACCUGGGACUUGUGCAGUGGGUAGUUGAGAAGAUUGCCUGGUUUUUGCAAAUCACCAUGGGCACCACUGCUGCAGAGACCCUGGCUGUAGCAGGAAACAUAUUUGUAGGGAUGACAGAGGCACCUUUGCUCAUCCGCCCCUACCUUGAAGACAUGACCCUCUCUGAAAUCCACGCGGUGAUGACUGGAGGGUUUGCCACCAUUGCAGGCACUGUGAUGGGAGCCUUCAUAUCCUUUGGGAUUGACGCAUCGUCUUUGAUUUCCGCCUCAGUGAUGGCUGCCCCCUGUGCUCUUGCCUUGUCCAAGCUGGUGUAUCCGGAAGUGGAACAGUCGAAGUUCAAGAGCAAGGAAGGGGUGAAAAUGCCUCGUGGGAAGGAGAGAAAUAUCCUGGAAGCUGCCAGCAAUGGAGCCACAGAUGCCAUAGGCCUUGUUGCUAAUGUAGCAGCUAAUCUGGUUGCUUUUUUGGCUGUGUUGGCCUUCCUCAAUGCUACCCUAACCUGGCUCGGGGAAUUGGUGGAUAUACACAGGCUCACUUUCCAGGUCAUCUGCUCCUAUGUCCUAAGACCCAUGAUUUUCAUGAUGGGUGUAGAGUGGGCAGACUGUCCAAUAGUGGCAGAGAUAGUGGGAGUCAAGUUCUUCAUAAAUGAGUUCGUGGCCUACCAACAACUGUCUCAAUACAAGAAUAAACGUCUGUCUGGAGUGGAAGAGUGGAUCCAGGGCGAGAAACAGUGGAUUUCUGUGAAAGCUGAAAUUAUUGCAACAUUUUCACUCUGUGGAUUUGCCAAUCUUAGUUCCAUAGGAAUCACACUGGGAGGCUUGACAUCAAUGAUACCCCAGCGCAAGAGUGACCUGUGCAAGCUUGUGGUGAGGGCCCUCUUCACAGGGGCCUGCGUGUCCCUCAUCAGUGCCUGUAUGGCAGGAAUCCUCUAUGUUCCCAGGGGAGCUGAAACUGACUGUGUGUCCUUCCUAAACUCAAGUUUCACCAAUAGAACUUACGAGACUUAUGUGUGCUGCAGGGAGCUAUUCCAGAGUACUUCCCUGAAUGGCACCGACCUGCCUACCUUCUCAGGCCCCUGGGAAGACAAGGAGUUCAGUGCCACAGCCCUUGCUACCUGUUGUGAACUCUACACAAGUACUGUCUGUGCCUGA